CGCGGCGGGCCCGCCGCCGCCGCGGGCAGGCGGCUCCCCGUUGGAGGGCCGCGCGCCCGCGGGGCAGCCGCCGCCGUGGGAGUUCGGUCUGGUGACGCAGGCGCUCCGCAUGGUCACCGAGUCGCUGGACCAGCAUCCGGCAGCCUCCAGGCGGCCGAGCCGGGCCGGCACGCCCCAGUGCGGCACGCCGGCCGAGAGGACCCUGGCGCCCGGCUGCCCGGGCACGCCCGGGACCCCGGGGGGCCCCUCGCCGGGGGGCGCAGACCUGCGCGGCAAGGCGCUGCCGCACGCCCGGGGCCUCAGCAAGCUCGUGCGGGCGCUGCAGCCGUGCAGGCAGCUGCCCCUGGCGGAGCUCGCCGCGUGGUUCGGCGACGGCCUCGGGCCGCCGCCGGGCCGCUUCGACGAGCUGCCGCCGAGCGACGGCUUCGGCGGGGGCUACCUGCCCCUGAGGGGCGAGGAGGUGAGCGCGGGGUUCAAGACCCCGCCGCGGUCGGGCAGCCCCUGCGCGUCUCCGGCCGUGACGUUCCGGUCUGCGAGCUUCAUGAGCACCGGCGGCAGGUCGGCAAGCUUCCUGAGCACCGGCGGCAGGUCUGAGAGCUUCUCGAGCACCGGCUCCAGGCGGCGCAGCAGCUUCAGCCUCUUCGGCCGGCCGUCGCUGGACGCGAGCCGCCUGCAGCUGCCCGAGCCCUCCGGCAGCAGCCCCCCCGGGCGCGGCCGAGCCGCCGCGCCGCCCGCGGAGCCAGGGCGCGGAGCCAGGGCGCUGCUGGCCUCGGGCGGGGAGGCGGGCGAGAGCUGCGGGUGGAGGAGACAGGAUCCUACGGCGCCUUCUGCUGCGUGGGCCUCAGGCCCGCUGGCGCAGGCGGCCGAGAGGACCCCCCAUCCUCGCCCAGCGAGCCUGCGCGACGCGCCCCUCCCGAGACUGUCGGAGACGCCUGCGGCGAAUCCCCGCCGCUCGCUGCCCUG